AUUGUAUCAUUCUUGAUGAUAGUUUUAAAGGAGAAUCAGCAAAAAAUUUCACUCUAUCAUCAUACUAUGAAAAAUAUAUUGAAAGCAUUUUAAUUUCCAAUGGAAUGAUUCUAGAUCGUUUAGAAACAAUGGCCACUAUUAUAUUGAAAGAUUAUGAAGAAGCUGGUGCAAAUGCAAUUCAUAUUAUUUGUAUAUUAAAAGGAGGCUUUAAUUUUGCUGUGGAUUUAUUCAAUAAAUUAAGUGAAUAUUCAACAACACGUGAAAAACAUAUGCAAAUAUGCAUUGAUUUCAUCUCAGCUAAUACAUAUGUUAAUGAUUCAGUUGGACAUGAUACCAAACUUAAUCCAUGUACGAAUAUGAAGAAAUUCAAAGAUAAAUAUGUACUCAUCGCUGAAGAUCUAGUAGAUACAGGUACUACUUUUAAAACAGUAGAAAAUUAUAUAAAACAGUUUGAACCAAAAUUAAUUCGUUCUGCAAGUCUAUUAUUCAAAAGAAUUCAUGAUAACACUGAAGUAAUCCCGAAAUCCAAUUCAGUUUCUUCUCGUGUUUGUUGUUUUUCAACCAAAAUACAAACCAUCACUUCUCCUGGCUAUAAUCCAGACUAUGUUGGCUUUGAAGUCCCGAACCGAUUUGUAGUGGGAUAUGGUAUCGACUACAACGAUUGUUUCCGUGAUGUGCCACAUGUGUGCUCGGUGAACGAUGAAGGAAAACGUGAAUUCUUUGGCAAAGGUUAACAUCUCAAGCUCCGUUUAACAGUAUGCCAAACGAGUAAACAGUCAGAUUUGUUGUAAACGUUCUUUAAUCAAGCAUCACUAGCCAUGUAUUAGAGAAAAUGAAUAUUUUUGUAAUUUUAUCGUGUGAAUGCAUCAUUCAUACAGAAGAUUUUAUUUUGUACUACUAUUGUAAAAAUUUUUGUCUUGAUGGACAUGUUUACGUCUUCUGAAUUCGGU